UGAGUGGCCAGCUUUACAGAUUACGAUUACAGCCUAGUAGCACUUUCAACAUACGCUUGUUGACUUUGACGUUUGAGGUUAUGUUGUAUUUAUUUUUAUUAAUUUCUUGGACUUAAAACUUGGAAUAUAAACGUAGACUUUGAUCCUUUAUUUUCGAUCAAUAAAAGUCUAUUUGUGCAUAUUUUAACCAUUAAAAGGUUUUAGUACGUUUACUUCAUACACAAUGGCUUUAAGAAGCGUUUUUAAAACAAAUAUAGUGAAAAGUGGUGUGAGAUGUUUCAGCAAGGAAGCUAGUUUUGUAUCUGUAACUGUAAACGAUAAAAAUGGAGUAGCCACAGUGGAAAUGCAGAGACCACCGGUAAAUAGUUUAAAUUAUGAACUACUCAGCCAGUUGUCUUCUACUUUAACAGACCUAGAGAAAAACAAAUCAAGAGGUCUUAUUCUGACCUCAAAAAAUGAUGGUGUCUUCAGUGCAGGAUUAGACAUCUUGGAAAUGUAUAAACCUGACCAAGACAGGAUGAAAGCAUUUUGGACAGCUCUUCAGGAUACAUGGAUUAAACUAUAUGGUUCUUCUUAUCCAACAGUAGCCCUAAUAAAUGGUCAUGCACCCGCAGGGGGCUGUCUUUUAUCAUUGUGUUGUGAGUACCGAGUGAUGUUUAAGAACCGUACCAUAGGAUUGAACGAAACACAGCUUGGUAUCGUAGCUCCCAAAUGGUUCAUAGCUAGUAUGACAAAUGUGAUUGGAAAUAGAAAAACAGAAUUGGCGUUAACUGGUGGUGUAAUGUAUACAACCGACGAAGCUCUUAACAUGGGGAUGAUUGACGAAAUAAUUGAAACUAAAGCAGAAGGAAUGGCUAGAGCAGAAGCGUUUAUAACCAGAUUUGCCAAAAUUUCCCCCGUUGCUAGAGGGCUUACUAAGAAAUAUAUUCGAGGUAAUACUAUCGAAGAUAUGGUCAAAAAUAGGAAAGAAGAUUUAGACAAUUUUGUAAUGUUUUCUAAUCAGCCUGCAGUUCAAGAAGGAUUGGGACUUUAUAUACAAAGUUUGAAGAAGAAGUCAAAGGCAUAACGUUAUUAAUUUAUAUUCUUUUAUAUAGACUGAAUUAUGUAAUAUUCAAAUAUUUUAUGCAACAUAUUGAAAUAUUUUAAUGUCAUUUUGCUUUUCUGUGCAUUUGCAUUUUUUCAUAAUUGCAUUUUUUCUUCUUUUUAGUUUAAAUCAUAAUCAUUCUCCAUUUUGUUUAAAAGUAUCAUAUGGUUUUCCAUAUUUCUCUAAUGUAUGUUUUUGAUGUAACUAACUAACUGAUACUUGCCUAUGGAAUUGGACUUUGUUAUAAAUGAUAUCGAAUUUUUUUUUUGUUCUUUCGGUACUGUAUUCUUUGAAAUAUACCCUUAUGAGAAUUUUAUUAUUUUUGUCCAAUUUUUUUGUAAAAGGUUUUUGUAUAUGUUAUAAGCCUGUAAUUCUGUAGAUUUGUUAAUUAUAUUCUGCUCUGUAUGUAAAUCAUUUUUGAUUUGUGUUUUCUACAGUUGUAAAAAAUGUUUUUGUUUUUUUUAUUAUAUUUUGCAAUAAAUUACACCGAAUAAAAAAGCUUUUUUUCCUAAUGUAAGUUCACAAAUAAAAAUACUACAUAUUUAUUUCA